CACAGAUUAGCAUGGAUUCCUUUGAGGGUAUAUCUAUUGUUUCAUUUCGUGGAAGUAAAACGGUCCAAUAGCAGAAGCGGGGCUAUUCAAGGUUGGAUGAUUUUUAGCAAAAACAGUAAAUCGUGUCACCAUCAUGCAACCUAGAUGGGGUUCCCUGCCCAAGCCCGUUCUGCCGGCGAUUUGAAUAUGCCCUCCAGAAGGGUCUAUUUUUGCGGGAGCCAAUCACCAAGAUGGCUUCUCCCACUGGCGCUGGUUUAACACAAUGACGACAUGGAAGCGACGGCAACCAGCCUAAACUAUUUCCUAACAACGCUUGUGUUAAGUUUAAACUUGCAACCAUCAUCAAUCAAAUGUUGAAGGGGAUAUCCAGUGUAAAAUGGAUCUGAGAUAUGUUUUUAGUUGGAUGACGAGUUCGAAUGUUCGUUCUGGAGCAAAAAAGCGUCUAAAAACGCAUUCUUAAGUUGGCUGGUUUUAGCCGAAUCUACCCAAACGCUAUAAACUUGGAACGAUCGGGGCAUGUCUCAUGCACUUUGUGGAAGGCAAACCCACCCGAGACAAUGAUCCUCUGCCAGUAUCACCUUUUGAUCGCCAAACUACUUUGAGGCGCACACCUAAGCACCAGCCCCCCAGGAAGAGUGCCACUUCUGAAACCAUAAGAAACAAGAGUGGAGUGAAAGCAAACCAACCCAUUAUGGAGCAUACGGUCCAAACCCACCACAUGAACCGGACCAGGUCUCACGUUCGGAUAGAGGCUAACAUGUUGCUUGAGAAAAUGCAGGGCCUUGGAUUCAGGCCCGUUUUAUUCCUGGCCAGCCCCUUUUAUUCCUGCCAUGACCAAAAUCACUGGGUCUCAGAAAUUUUUGCCCCUCCCUGCCAUCUGUCUGAGAUCUCUGUGGAGGGUCUUCAAAGGAUGAAGGAACUGUUUGAUCUCAUUAUUAAAGGUUGGACCCCCAGAGAGACGCCUGCAGCAGCCCCAACUCGGCCUCCACCCUGUCGUCCAGAGACGCCUGCAGCAGCCCCAACUCGGCCUCCACCCUAUCGUCCAGAGACGCCUGCAGCAGCCCCAACUUGGCCUCCACCCUAUCGUCCAGAGACGCCUGCAGCAGCCCCAACUCGGCCUCCACCCUAUCGUCCAGAGACGCCUGCAGCAGCCCCAACUCGGCCUCCUCCCUGUCUCCCAGAGACGCCUGCAGCAGCCCCAACUCGGCCUCCUCCCUGUCUCCCAGAGACGCCUGCAGCAGCCCCAACUCGGCCUCCUCCCUGUCUCCCAGAGACACCUGCAGGAGCCUCAACUAGGCCUCCACCCUCUACUCCAGAGACACCUGCUGGAGCCUCCUCAAAUGGUCUUGAACAAGAGGUCCUGCAGCACACGGCCUGUAGAGAGGCGCCCUCCCCCCGUCCAGUCCAGGAGGAGAAAUGGACUUACAAGAAGAAGAGCCCGACGGCUUCUGAUGCCGGGAUGUGGACGAUAGGACAAUUGAGAGCGGUGCUCCAUCACCCGGUCACCGGGAAUAACGCGGAGAUGCGGGGAUUUAUUCAACAAACCAUCGCGGAGCACCGGGAGGGAGUUUCUCUGUUACAAGGAGAGAAAAGUCGGCAAUGGAAACUGCUGACCGCAGCCUGGAGUCCCCAGGUUCGCUUGGACAGAGCAGAGGUCCUGCAGCACGCGGCCUGUAGAGAGGCGCCCUCCCCCCGUCCGGUCCAGGAGGAGACAUGGACUCCAGGCACACGAGUCAAAGAGGAGGAGGAGCCAUGGAACCCAGGCCUACCAGUCAAAGAGGAGGUGGCGGAGGAGCCAAGGGCCCCAGGCCUGUUCUACUCCAAUGUCAAAGAGGAGGUGGCGGAGGAGCCAUGGAACCCAGGCCUACCAGUCAAAGAGGAGCGGGAGGAGCUGUUGGUCAGCCCUGGGGGAGCCGGUGGUCAGGAGACGACGGGAGAGGACGUCAUCCAGGACCCGUCCUCUCCUGGUUCCGUGAAGACGGAAGGCGCUCCGCCUCCGCCUACAGAUCCAACGGAGGCCGGACCACCGACCAGGGACUCUGAAGCAGACAUAAAGCCAGAACCACAGCCUCUGUCCUUCGUAUCGGACCAUUAUGCGACAGCAGAACCACAGCCUCUGUCCUUCGUAUCGGACCAUUAUGCGACAGCAGAACCACAGCCUCUGUCGGACGGGUAUGAGACGGCACAACGACAGCCUCGGUCCUGUGUGUCGGACCAGUUCGAGACAACAGAACCACAGCCUCUGUCCUGUGUGUCGGACCAGUUCGAGACAACAGAACCACAGCCUCGGUCCUGUGUGUCGGACCAGUUCGAGACAACAGAACCACAGCCUCGGUCCUGUGUGUCGGACCAGUUCGAGACAACAGAACCACAGCCUCGGUCCUGUGCGUCGGCCGACUGCACGACAACAGAAACGGAUGCGAAAGAGGAAGCGGGUGCAGAGAGCGGCUCCGGGUCGGGAGCAGCCGUUGGCGCCUCGUGUCCAGACAUGGACUCUAAAUUGCGGAUCCGACGACGAGCCAAACGUCCGGUGCGUGAACUCGAAAGCGAUACCAAAACCCGGGUCCGGAUACACAUGAGGGUGCACAAGGGUGAGCCGUACUCAGGUCCAGACUGCGGAAAGGCGUUCACCACUAAGGGUGGGGUCAACGAACACAUCCAGAACAUCCACAGACCCUUCCGCUGCAAGCUCUGCACCGCAAGCUUCUAUUUCAAGUAUGGUCUGAACCGUCACCUCAGCGUCCACACCAGGGAGAGGCCGUACACCUGCUCUUCCUGCGGCCUCACCUACACUGGGAAGGACAAGCUGAACAGGCACAUCAACAUCCACCAUAGAAUAACAUAGAAUUGCAUCUUCAAAUGCAAGAUGAAAGCGUGAUGGCUUAAAGACCCCUCAACGGGAAGUGAGAUCUCUGUACUGUUUAUUAAAUUGUAUUGUAUUGUGUACUGUUUAAAAGGCAAGGUUUUUGUGCUGUUGCUAAGCUGUUGAGGAGCGUCCGGAUUUCUCCACCUUUUCGGACCCUUUUUCCACCAACGAUUUGUGUCCAAAGAGACAAACGCAGACAACAGUUGUUGAAUUCGGUCCAGUACCGAGUGUGAAACGGUGCAGCAUUUCCUUUGGGGCAUCGGCCAACCGUCCUGUUUGGGAGGAGGUGGUUCGCUAACCGUGCCGGGUCUCCACAGUGUCUGACAACAUUAUGGAAAGGAAAGUGUAAUCCUACAGGGAAAUAAAACGUUUUUCUUCACCCCUCACUUGA